ACUUAAAACCCAUAUCUGCCUUACCUUCCUGUAUCUUUUCUCCUUUACCUAAGAGAAACCUUUUACUAUAUAUAACUUAAAUUUCUCAAGUUUGUUUUUGGCGACAGGGUCUCUUAGAAGUUAAAGUUUGCCGACAGAUAAAAGAAGAAGAAGAAGAAAAAACAAAGUGCGUAGCUUGCUAGCUCAUCAGACACCAUGCCUCGAAGAUAUGCAUUUGGGAGGGCGGAAGAGGCCACCCACCCCGACUCCAUCAGGGCCACAUUAGCUGAAUUCGUCUCCACUCUUAUCUUCGUUUUCGCUGGUGAAGGCUCUGUGCUUGCUCUAGACAAAUUAUAUAGGGAAACAGGACCGCCGGCCUCAGGACUGGUGAUGGUAGCGCUUGCACAUGGAUUGGCACUGUUUUCUGCAGUAUCAGCUAGCAUCAACAUAUCAGGUGGGCAUCUGAAUCCAGCAGUUACCUUCGGGGCUCUGGUCGGAGGAAGGAUCUCGGUGGUUCUUGCUUUCUACUAUUGGAUUGCUCAGCUGCUUGGUGCUAUUGUCGCUUCUCUGUUGUUGAGGCUUGUAACAAAUGGCAUGAGACCAGUAGGAUUCCAUGUGACAUCAGGGGUUGGAGAAGUGCAUGGGCUUAUAAUGGAGAUGGUAAUGACAUUUGGACUGGUAUACACAGUGUACGCAACAGCCAUUGAUCCUAAGAGAGGAAGCUUGGGCAUCAUUGCCCCACUAGCCAUCGGGUUCAUAGUUGGGGCAAACAUAUUAGUGGGCGGUCCCUUUGACGGAGCAUCGAUGAAUCCAGCAAGAGCAUUUGGACCAGCACUAGUUGGGUGGAGAUGGAACAACCACUGGAUAUACUGGCUCGGCCCUUUCGUUGGAGGGGGGCUGGCUGCCCUGAUAUAUGAGUACAUGGUCAUCCCGACUGAGCCACCGCAUCAUACUCAUCAGCCUUUGGCCCCUGAAGACUACUAGACUUCUGUUAGCCAAUUUUUAUGUUUUCCUUCUGUGCAUGUAACCUGUUUGGUGUCCUAAAAACGUUUGUGUUGUCUGUCCCUUUGUCAAUUGCUGCUUUGGUCUUGGACAAAUUGGUGCCAAUAAAAAAACAUGACCGACUCGGUUUGUAUA